UUCACCUCCACUUGGGUGGAAAUUUUUAUAUCUUUCGAAUGAAUCGACCCUCGAAGCCCGCCAAAGUAGAUAGCUCGGUACAAAAACUAUCUUCAGGAGAAGAAAUUAGGGCGUUACUACGGUCACAGGAUGUCGAUAUUCUAACUCGAGGACUUACGUCCAUUCGGAACCAAUUUACGGUGAAACCGGAUGAAAACAUAUCCCCACAGGACAGUCGUUUGAUCCUUGCCCAACAAUGGUUAAAUGGAUCGCCUGGUGCCGAGGAUAUCUUCACUCUCUGGGCGGGAGCGGAACAGCGACAAACAGCAUCGAUAUCCUUACUGCUCUCUGUUCUUGCUGUGACCCUGUCGUUAGUAUCAAGCCACUACACGUACCAUUCGUUGGGGCAUCCGAUUGUCAAGCAGUUGCUCUCACCUCAAUGGACGCGGAAACUCAAUUCGUAUAUCAGCGGAUCUAGCAACGACCUGAUUCUAUCUACAUUAAAGUUGUAUAACAGCCUUUCUGGCUUUGCUCGGGGUCGUGAACGGAAGGGCGUACUAGAGGCCUUUGCUUGGGAGACCAAGAGUCUUCCAAAAUUAAUGAAUCUAAGACGAAAAUCCAAGACUGACGAAUCCCUCGACCCGUUGGCCAAGCCUGAUAUCCGGACACUGUACAUUCUUUUCCUGCUAUCGUUUGUGGAUACCAACACUCCUGUGCCAGUCAAAGUCGUGUUUUUGGAGCAGCAUCGUGACGCCUUUGUUUCUAUGUUCAAAGGCCUAUCUCAGGACCAUUAUCCUGUCAUUCGUAAAGUCUUGGAGGUUUCUUGGGCCGGGAUAUGGUCGGAACCUAAACUGAAGCGAACGCUUAAGAUUGGAGUGUUCAAUGAGACAACCAUAGCGCAACUAGCGAAAGUGUAUGAUCGUGUAGAUUCCGAGGACGAAGAUCCGGAGCAUGUCCCUGCAAAUAUUGUCCACCACUUUCUCCUAGCAAUAUGUACGCGGCCCGGUACCGGGAUUUGUUUCAAGGACAAUGGAUGGUAUCCUCGUGACGUCGAAGACGCGCAAGACGACGAAGAGGUCCCUAAAAGCCGAGGAGGAAAGCUGUAUAACAAGAUGUUAGCAAACGUCUUGCGAUCACUCAAAGUCAACGAAGAUAUGCGGCAGCAGGAACUCAGUUUGAAAAUAAUGUCUUCUUGUCCUGAGCUUGUAGCGGGGUAUUGGUCUGCGGCAAGCCUAACGUUGGAACCCCGGCUAUCAUCUCGGUGGAUCACAAACAUAGCUCUGUUUGGGUCUAUCAUAUCCCUCCCAAUUCCAGUCUCUUGUUUCAUUCUUUCAGAGAACACUGACGGGGUUCUCUAUCAGCCGUCCCCCCCUCCCUUGUCUAUCGUCCUCGAAAACGUCUUUCCUUUGGUUAAUACCAAGGUCCAUUUCACCAAGGGACUACAACAGGCUAGCCGCAGUUUGGUACAGCACUGUACCGCUCUCGCGCUGUCAAAAUGCCUGAUGAAGUAUCGCGAUGUUACGAAGCAUUUCCGAAUGAUCGCGGAUGCACUAGAGGAAGGGGAAGCCGAUGGACAGUGGUCCAAGCGCUGUCGUGACUUAGAGAAAGAGGCUCGUAAGAGAGUGCCCGAAUUUCAGGUCAUUGUCGGGUACUCGCAACGGACGACUGGACAACUGGCUUCCCAGCUCACGGAAUCUCAACGCCAAACCCAAGCCGCUCUACUAGCGGAGAGUGCCCAGCGGUUACUGUGGCUCUAUCAUGACUGUUUACCGGAUUCAGUCUCGGAAGCCCGAUUUGACAUCGGAAAGAUGUUAAUCAACUUCUCGAGUACAGAAACUGUCGAGGGAGAGGGGAACAACGAGAACAUGUCGCCAGCUGCACGCAAACUGCAUCUUGUUCGGCAAUUACACGUUCUGAGGCUUCUUCAGUCCAGCGAUCAGUUUUCAUGGGCUUCUAAACCUGGUCAGACUUUCAUCAAUUCGGACCCUUUCCAUUUCUUUACUAAAGCGCUUACGUCUUCCAAUGUCCUUGCCAUACAUUCGACACUUGUCCAUCUUCUGGAGCAUUUAUUGGGCAACAGUAUCAUGUUUCAACAUAAUCCGGACGAGGUACAUUUGUGGCUAAUUUCUUUGCCCAUGGGACGCCGGCCACCAUCUGGGGGCGAAUCGCCGGAUGGUGCCAAGCUCACGGAUGAACCAGAAAGUGUUCUCACUUUCCUUGACGACUGCAUACAGAGGUGUGCUAAGACGCCUUAUCGUUACAUCGAGGAGAUACAGGCCUUGGAGUCCAUCGAGGAUCGUGCUGAAUCUCAGCUGCCAAGCCCGCUAUUAAUUACGCUAAGCGAGCAGCUUUCGGCUAAACUUACUGCUAAGCUGCUAUCCGCUUCAGACGUACUUGCGCUCGCGACGUUCAUCAGGAGCCUCGUCUUUCAACUUCAGAAUAGCUUCUCUCAAGGGAGGGCUCUGCUUUCCUUCACGGAUAAGAUUGAUGGCAUACUCGAGCCCCAAAAACUCUUUCCCGAAUAUCCGAUCGUUACCACCGCCAUUCGUAGAGAAGUGGAGAUUCUCAAAUACUGUCUGGGCCAUCUUAGAAUUCCUAAGCCCCCGACGCCUACUAGCAUCGGCAAAGAUGUCAAGAGCUUUCUUCGCGCCGUUGAAGGAUUGCCGAUACCUCCAAUUGAGUCUGCACGAAUUGUGGCAGCUUACGAGUUGGUCGACUGGCUUCGACUGCUGGAACAGCAGCUACGACCGGUGGACAUGGAACGCCUAGUGACAAUCGUUCAUCGGUUCUUUCCGCCUGCCCUUGAGGCACUGUCACAAGCUGCUAACCCUGCACAUCGUCUACUCUGGAACGGCGUCAAACUAGUGUCGAAUGAACUAUUGCCAUACGCCAAGUUCGAUUGGUUGUUUGUGUCUGCCGACGAGGAACAAAUACAAGAGCAAGAUGGGCGGGAAAUCCUCGUGAACGCAGUCUUUGCGCACCUGCCGUCGCUUUCGGAUUUGAAGAGGGUGAUGUGCCAAAUCAGCCAUUGCAUAACUGUCGCUGCUGAAAGAGCAAGCCUGCUGCGUGGAUUGCUGCAGCUCUUGAACUCUUUGAUUACCCGCUCGGCUUCUGUAUUGCCCAAGGCCGAUUGUGCCGAACUAAAAGGAUUUGUAUUCGCUUUGGAGUCUGUCCAGAAACUGUGUACGUCUUCGGCUCUGUCUGAACCUGUUCGAGAAGCUCUCAGUGCAUUGGUGAAAGACACUUUGGAUACCAGCUCGCCCACCGAAAAAGGCUUUGCUUCGGAUAUAGCCUUCCACUGGCUAAAUGAGGUUCGGGUCGGCUUAGGCAGUAAUGCAAGCAUCUCACUUCCAUUUAGCAUCGAUAUGGGUGGCCUGGCAAAAGACCGUGAACAAGCCCCCAUUCUCGACCUGCUGGACACCGUUAUCAGCGCAGUUCGAGACUUUGCGAUGCGGGACGCUCAAGCAGAGUACCUACUACGUGCAAGGACGAUACAGUUGAUCAAUCUUCGCUCACAUCUCUCCAACUCUGCGGUCCUCGAAGAACUCCUUGCGAUAGCACUACGCUCUUCCUUUGCCAUUACACCGCGAUGGAGCCAUCGACUAGAACCUCUACCUACGGAACUCCAGUUUGUUACACUUCUGCAACAGGAAUAUUGGACCUCGGCAACAGCAGAGAUUCUCCGCUCUCUGAUUUAUAAACGCCCAUGUCCUUAUGGCGCUUUUUCAUCAUGGCUGGGAACCAACCAAUGCCUAGAGAGAGAUCCUCUUGAAUUGGUUUCUGUCCUGUAUUCUUAUUUGGACGUUGCCAAGUGCCGUGGCAUAGCCAUUUCCGAGGCUGAAGCUGAGUCGUGGGUUCGGCAUGGUCGGCGAAUGUUCAAAUGGUCCACCGAUGAAUCGUCGUCUCCAAGUCUCCGUCAUACAGCUUCGGCAUGUGUCACCUUGCUAUUCCAGUUACUCCCUUUCCAUCGUUCUCAGCUCGAGGAUUUGAUUCUGAAUGACCUGAGUAAGCUGUCCGUCAAAUCGCUUACACCGGGCAUGCUACUUGUUGGCCUCAAUAUCGGAGGCAAGGCAUCUGCGUUGACGAGCGCGUUAGCGGAGCAUGGAGUGCAAUGGGCUGUGCGUCAUUUUACUGACGAAAAUCCCAUUGAUGACAUGUCUUCUCGAUGUGUCAAAUAUUUAACCGACGUGGUCAAGACGGUGUCUUUGAAGUCACAUAUUGUUGAGCCCCUUCUCACUGCUGUAACACAGUUCCAAUUGUGGAAUACAGCAGCAGUGGAAUUAUUGACCGCAGUUCUGAGCCAUGUUCCCUUCAAGCCUUUGAUAGUGAAUCGUGUUCUUCAAAACGUCAUACAGCACCACCGCUUCGCUAAGAUAUGUUCAGUGACGGGCGCUUCUUCAUCACCUUUGAGAGACGCUAUUGUCAAUCUUCUCCACGUCUUGUUCCAUCUCCAUCCUUCCAACACUUGCCAAAUCACACAUAUUGUACCGCUAAUGGCCGUGUAUCAUGGAACUGCAUCAAUAUCUGACCGGAAGCUGCUUUCAAUCUUCCGUCUUUUUGAGGCACAACGAAAGACCUCGAUCGGGAUUCUGUUCAAUCAGUGGAAUGCAUCACAUGAGACGAUGUCGAACGGUGCCUUGGAGGCCAUCCAGAGCCUGGAUCCAACACUCCUUCUCCAAACUUGCCUCCACUAUCCCAAUUGGCGGCGUGUUGAUGAUCAGGUUGACCAAGUCAAGCAUCCAGUGCCUACUUAUGAUCCUCUCUUCGUCAUCCUUCUGUUCGCGCAUACCUUAGCAGAAGAUCCACCCCAGGGUACUUUCCCUUGGAUCGAAUUCUUUCGGACGAACGUCGUCGGCCUUGUUAUCCGAUCUCUUUCGGCAAAAGGUGGCCACAUCCGCGAGCUCGCGAUAUACUGCAUAUCAGCUCUGUGGAAACAACUAGAAACCGUCGAAAUGCAAGAGAAGCCCUCCGUUCUUUACAUACUCGGGCUACUCCGAGAUACCAUACCACAACCAUCAGCCGGAGAAUGCCCCAAACGUUUGCCGACGUACUCCACCUUAAUAUUACUACAUGCGUUGAGAGGUGUUUUCUAUCCCUCUCAUUUCGCGUACCCGUUGACCGCGCGGUUCUUACUGCAACGUCCGGAGCUGGACAUCAGCGAUGUGCCGAUGCUAUUCGGGUUGCUAUACAGUAGCUCCGACAACUGGAAACAAGAGAGGGCAUGGAUGAUCAGACUUCUUUCUGACGGACUGGUCGGUACCGAUGACUGGCGAGUUUUCAAGCGUCGGCAUACGUGGGACCUUCUUGCAAGUAUUUUCCAAGCGUCCAAUGACGUUGCUUUGCGUAAAGGCAUUCUGGAGGUGUUGGCGAACUUGACUUGCAUUCCCCAAGCAACAACGUCUCUUGUUUUGAAGUCGGGGCUUCAUUGCUGGAUUGAAAUGCAAUUGCUCAAUCUCGUUGAAGACGAGAGCAUUGCGUGGUUGAAGAUCAUCGAGAACAUCAUAUGUUGUAGUGACGCAAAAAAAUUAGAGACAGCUACAAGCGGCCAGUGGCGAUGGAUAAUAGGCCGUUGCAUGUCACUUCUCCUCAAUGACUCGUCAUCAGUCAAGCUUUCUGUGUUAUCAUUGGUGGCCCGCGUGCUGCUGCGCCUCGCUUUGCUACCCGGUCCUUUGAUUCCGAGCUCGACUUCAUUACUCAAUCGGACCGUGUACUGUCUUGAAGAGACAGAAAAGCAGAUAGAGUGGAAACCGUUAGGUAUGAGCAGGAGCGCACCCACGCCACUGUCUUCGCUUCACACCAAGCUCCAUUUGUUCGACAACGUGUCGGAUGACCCUGUAAGGGAAUGGGGUCAGGCAGUCGAGUCGCUCUGGCGCGUAUCAAUGACGUUCUCAGAUAAAGAACCGGCUUGGGAUCUGUUGUCCAGCCGGUUAUUGAUAUGGCGGGCACAGCUGGAUGCAGUGAACAACACCGGUGUAGCUGAAUGGGCUAGAGCGGAAGUCAUUAGAAGUCUUACUUAG